CGAAGAUGUUGAGGGAGAACCCCGAGUUCAGGCAGAUCUAUUGGAUCCCUUCCACAACUCAUUGCAUGGACCUCCUCAUGCAUGAUAUAGGCAAGAAGGAGUGGGCGGAUGACAUCAUCAUCAAGGCCAACAAAAUAGUGAACUUCUUCAGGGUUCACAGGUGGUCUCGGUCUCAGUUGAGGACGGAGCUGUUGAAGUACCUGCCUCCUUCGGCCUGCUCAAACAAGAUUCGGGAGGAACUAUGUGAUGUUGCAGCGACUUGAGGUGUGCGAGAGGGCCAUUGUGCGUAUCGUCACGGGACACAGCUAGGAAACCAUGUUGUGGCGAGGGGAUAUUAGGGGGAAAGCCUGCUUUGUGGAGGAGACAAUUCUUGACAAAACAUUCCGGGCUGAUGUCAAGGAACUGAGUGUCGUCAUAAAGGGGCCUUAUGAUGUUUUGCGAGAGGCGGACAAAGAUGUCCACUACUUGUCACGCAUGUCUAAUUUGGCGUGUCGGCUGCCCGACUUUGUUCGCUCGACCCCCCUCACCGCGGAUCAGCGAGAUAACCUUUUGAGGGAUGUCGGCAACAAGACCGACAUGUUGCUCAACCCCAUCCACGCCGUUGCUCGACCGUUGGAUCCUAUGUUGAGGGACAUUACUGUUUUCAGUAAUGUCGACCUCAUGGCACAGUCUGAGAGCGUUGUGGAGCGGCUCAUUGGGAAGAAGGGGAGCUCGAGAUUUGACGACUGCAUGGACCAGUUGUAUGAGUCCCAGUUUGGGAGGGGAGUCUUCGACACCCCGAAGGCAAAAAAACGGGUUGAGAAGGAUAAUGCGGUGCUGGGGUGGGAAGCGAAUGGUGCAGGGCGUCAAGAGAUCUGGGACGUGGCGCUGAAGGUGCUCUCCAUUUGGACGACUUCCUCUCCGACUGAGAGGAACUUGAGCACUUGGGCUCUUGUGCAGACGAAGUCCAGGAACAAGAGCUUGAGGUUCAAGAGUAGGGGGGAGGAUGAACCCACUAUUGCAGCAGGGUGGUUGGGGUUCACAACCGACUGGGAGGAUGAGGACUUGGGGGGUGACAUGGCAAAUGUCACAGAGGUAGUUGAUGACAUUGAGGUCGCUGGUGAGGGCACUGCUUCCGCGGUGGGCAGCACCAACAUUCGUCACGAUCCCACAACGUCGUCCAUAUCGAGAUGGGCGCAUAGGUUAGUGCAGGUGGAGGAGGCUGAGGAUGCGGAUGAGGCCGAUGAGAACAAUGAGGACGACGUCCCCGACGAGAAGUGGGUGGACGAGAGAUCGGACUCAUACAGAUCGUGGACGAGGAAAGAGGACAUCGUCCCCUAUGUUGAGGAGCAACAGAGGCCCGAGCAGCGGGAGCUGCACGAUGAGGAUGAGCAGCCUGCAGAGGAGCAUCGGGAGCAACAGCAGGAGGAGCAACAGGAGCAGCAACAGGAGAAGCAAACGCAUGAGAGGAGUGAGGAGCAGCAGCUGAAGCAGCAGCAAGGGGAUGAGGAGCAACAGCAGCAUGACAGGGAUGAGGAGCAACAACAGCAGAGGGAGAAGGAGCAGCGGCAGCAGAGGGUGGAUCCAGCAGACCAGCAGGAGACCGGAGUGCAGUCGGCCAAAGAUGUGCACGGCGAGGGUGAGGCUGAGGGCGAGCACGGUCGCAGCGAGGUGCAAGGAUUUUAUGGUUCCAGUCUGCAGUCGCCUGUUGUUGGCCGACAUGGAGCGCAUCCUGGUCGUGUAUGGGAUCCCGCCGCCUAUUGUGCUCCACGAGGGUGAGGGAGGUCAGCUGUUGGACGUGGGAGAGGGCACACUCAUGUGGUUGCUCGAGACACGGGUGGGGUUGUGUGAGGCUCAGGACGUCCGAGAGGUCGGCCACGA